GAAGUGACUUCUCUGGGAGCCCAUACAGCCAUCCUCAGUACUCUUCAUAUAACGAUUCUUGGAGAUUCCCCAAUCCUGGUUUACUAGGUGAGUUUACUUCUAGCUUACAAUACAGUAUGGUUUCUGUCUCACCGGAGGGGAAAUGUGAGACUCUUCAUUUCAUCUACCACUGUUCAUACCUGUAAAUUGAUAAUACAUCUAGUUGAGUGCAUAUUUUAACAGCUACCAUUAGUUGAUAAAAAAAUACACCAUUAUGUCUUGCUCUCCAAGUACAAAUAUAUCCAAUCUAUGGACACUUUAGCCUACUAAAACUAAAAUUCCUGACCAUAAUCUUAAAAUUCCUAAUCCCAAUCCCUAACCUUAUUCUUACCAUCUCUUACCCUAACUCUAAAAUGUUUAAAUUUAAAAUUCCUAAAACCUAACUCUAGUUUAUUUUUUUGGGAUCCUGACUUAGUUUCAAAGUGUCAAAAGUAACUAAAAUAUGAUAGGUGUAGAAAGUUCCAAACUGGCCCACCUCAAAAUGGCAAGGUUUAAAUUGUUUAUCUUCCCACAAUGAGAUAAAACAUAUCUAUGGGCAUCAUUGCAAAUAUGUUAUAUAAUACAUAUCUAAAUUUAUUCCCAUCCAGUUUUUAUUUAAAAAAAGGCAAUCCAUGCCAGUAAUGUAUGCAAAUAUUUAUACAACGCAUAUGGAUCUCUGCAGGCUUAGUUGCCUUGUUUUCUCUGGAACCGUUUUGAGGCAUCACCUCAUGGCCGACCGGUCAAAACUUAAUUUGAAUGGCGUUCCCAAACCACCAAAGGGAUCUGAGUGAUAUCUUGGCAAAGUGUGCGCUCAGAUUCAAGCUAUUUGGUGACUCUUAAGGUGUUCUGAAGUUAUUAAAAUUGAUUAUUGGGGUGUUUUAAAAUAUUGUAGAUUUUUCUGUGCCUGAGAGAUAAUUAAGUUAUGGCUUUUUCUCACGCAAUUAUCUCUCAGGCACAGAGGAUCCUGGGAAGAAAAGCCCUGUAAUUGUGACUAAGAAACCCUAUGCUAGGGACAAUGUGUAAAAGCCGUGUUUGGCAGGAAUAAAACCAGUUAUGCUCCCAGAACUGUGUGUCAUCCAAUUGCUGGGGAGGAGGUGGGAUAUUUACUCGGCUAGUUCUUGUUCCUGAGUUCCUGAUCAUAGCAGAGGGAGAGUCCUGGUCAGGACUAAAGCUCUGCUACAACUUCCUCCUCGAUAAAUGUGAAUAUAAAAAUAAACUGUCUCCCGUUGUAUACCUUCUUGUUAUUAGAUGCCAUUUAGUUCAUAUUUUAGAUACAUUAUUCAUUCUAAUAACAUUAGGGUAAUGUUGCUAUCAGUUGGUGUAAUGUUGAGAAGUACAUUAUAAAAUAAUUAUAUUGUUUAAUGUUGACAAGCUUUAAUGAAAUAGAUAAUAUAAUAUAAAAAUUAAUUAUAUCAUGGAAUCACUGAAACAACUAUAAUAUUUGCCAUGGGAUUCACUGCAGUGUCACAUCAAGGUAAUGGUGAUCUUUGGACAGAGCUUUAGAAUAUAUCCCACUACCUCUGCUUCUUUAACAUGAGCUAAAUAAAAUGAAUUAAUUGACAAAAAGAAAUAUGCAUAACCGAAUAAAACCCCUGGGAAUAGAAACAUUUAAAUCCACUGAUACAAUUAUGGACAUUAUUAGUUUUUCUAUAACGUAUUAAUAUAAGGCAAUUGGAAUUUUUUGCCCAUAUGGUCUAUAAUGGUAUCUAUAAAUUCUGUUUUCCUUCUGGUUGUUGGCCUUGUUCUAUUUUUAAUAUCUUAAAACUAUUUGAUAUUGUUCACAAGACAUAUGCUAUUAAUUCUUAUUUAUGGGAUAUUGUCUUAUGCUAUAUGUCCAUAUAAUAGUUUUUGGAAAAUAUACAAACACUGCUUCAUGAACGAAGCAGCAUAUUGUGUUUUUAAGUGCACUUUGACCUUUGACCAUAUCUUGUCAUGUGAGUCUUUGUUGUUAAGUCAUUUUCAAGACUUAUCAAUGUAAAAGACACAAAACACCUUUAACACCACUGUCAAAAUUAGUCCACUUUGACUUUGCAUAAAAUAAUUAGGACUUUUCUGCAUAAUUUGCACAAGUCAGAUAAGUAGAAAUUCCAAUUAAUUGUCACUUCUCAAAUAUAUUGCUAUUGCCCAAGAGGUUUUGUGAUUUCCUGAAGACUAAACUCUCUGAACUAGCUUACAUAAAUCAUUUUUUGUUUCUUUCCAUAAUUUUUUUUUGUAUGUAAAUGAUAUCCCCUAAAUGUGCAGUGUAAUAUAAAUAAAGAAAACUAAAGUGCAAAUAUAUAGAUCAAUAUAUAAAUAGAAUUAAAAUUAAUGGAAAAAAUAUAAUAUAUUUCAUAUGCUUCUGAUACAUAUUGGUUUUGAUUUACUGAAGUGUAAAAUAUACUUUGAUUUAAUGUGAUGUUCUUUUAGGAAACACGUACCCGUCUUGUAAAUUGGGAGUGAUUUGGAGCUGUAGUACAUACAUAGACUAUAGGAAAUUUUUUAACACACACAUGCUGAAAUCAGAUAAUGGCAACUAUUGUCUAAUGAAGAAAAAUGACUCAAUUUCAUGCUGGUUUGUUCUAAUAACUUCUUCACCAUUCCCCUUCAUUACGUUCCAACUUGAUAUUCAUCAUUAAGGGUUGUAUUUGAUACACUGUUCCUGUUUCUUUUAUUUAUUUAUUUACUGAAUUCAAUUUAUGUGUGCAAAUGCUACUGACAGGAAAUAUCACGUGUAUGUUAUACAUUAUACGUAAUGUAUUAUUCUGGUAAGAAAAUUAUUUGUUUUAAAAAAUAAAAGUCCCCCCACCUGCUGUGACUGUUCAACACUUAAAAAAUCUGUUCAAACCCAAUGAUUGCUUUUCCAAAAUGCAAAAUAAAGUCUAAUAGAGUGUUUUCUCUGGUCCUAAUUUGGGUUUUUAAAACCACAAUCACAUUAUUUAUUAAUAAAACCUUAAAAUUCAGCAUCCACUGGUGAUCUGUGGACUGCAGUUUAAGAACUACUGAAAUCUACUGAAGUCAUUCUCAAAUCAUACAUGUGAGUAAUAAAUGAUCAAGCAUCAAAACAUUUAUUGAACAGUAGUAAAGAACGAAUUCCUCUCAUUGUCAAUUACCGCUCACAUAGCAUAUUAAUACAUUCUUGAACAAGGAAUAGUUCAGUAUUGAAAUAACAGAGAGGUUUUUAUGUUACCUCCUAGAAUAAAUUUUUAUUUAAAAAAAUAUAUUCUUAAGUCAGUAGUUUAGCAACAGUUUGCCCAUUACCUGGGUCCCCGCCAGACUCCGAUGCUCCAAUGAUGUGGUUCUGGCUUCUAUAGAGCCACAUAAGCAGGAAGCCGCGGCGGUCGUCAUUUAUUGGCAGAGAGCAUCAGCUGACCACUUUUAGCCAAUGACUGUUAUUCUGUGCAAAAAAAUUCAUGCACAAAAUUCACAUUAACUAGCCCAAAUUCUAGUUCCGGACUGGCUGGUGACAUCCCAUGAUGCUGCCAGAGGUGGAGUUGCAUCACAGGCUGCAGAGGGGUUAAAGUCUGUAUAGUGCAGCUUUUCAUGGCGGCAUGCUACACAUCGAAUUUGUAGUAAAUUCUGAAAAGAAAUACACUAUAGUGCAGAUUUUCCUUAUUAAUGAAAUAGUAUUUUACAAGUACAUAUGUGCAGGGGUUACACUCACAUGUACCAGAGCCCUAUUAAACCUGGCUCUGGGUGAGAAAUGAUCUUCUUUGAGAGAGAAUAACUCCCACACCACUCAGGCAGCCAGACUGUGGAUUCCAAUAGUGGCAAUCUUUUUAAUAUACUAAUGCUUACAUCCAGCAUUGGUGGGCACACACAAGUAGUGAUCCCACAUUCAAGCAGAUCGCGGCAAAAAAUGCUGACUUUUAGAUUUACUUCUGGGUUUUGCCAAGUGCCCGGUCUAAGCUGCGCCUCCCAAUGACGUUUAAGUGACGCAUUUUUACCCGCCUCUUUUCCUCCGGGCUUCAUCAGAUUGUUUGGAUAGCAAAUGUACUUGGUAUCCUUCAUAAUGUGAUGGAUUUACUAUACAAGAUGUGUUGAGAUUGCAACUGAUUUGGAAAAUAGUGGAAGAAUAUCAGUUUUAGGAAAAUUCCACUUCUACUAUUUUAGACGAUUUUUAUUGUUAAUACAACAUAACACAGCCCAUUUAGUAGGAUAUUAUGUCCACUAUAGUAUUGAAUCGCCAAAACUCUGAAUUUUACUCUAAAAGGAAAGAAAAUACUUUAUUGAAAGAAAUAAAAGACUGGUAUUUCAAACAGUGCUACACUUGUCUGUAUAUCUUCCUAUAUUAUAUUAAUUUGCAAAUUAACAUUAUACAUAUACAACAACACAGUUAAAAAAACACAAAAACUAAAAAAGAAAUGUGCCCGAGUUACAGCAGUUCUGAAAGAUUGUAAUUUUAGAAUUAGCUCUCACUAAUAUUACACACAUUCUAUACAUUUUUGCUUUCAUUUUCUCAAGGAUGUAUGCCAAUAGUUGUUACCAAUAACAAUGAUUUAAAAAAAAUGUCUCAAAGUAUUUUAACUUGAUUUUGAACUUGACCCAGUUUUUGAUACCAUCAUUAAAUAUUUGUAAAAGUCAAAUGUGAAAGCUAAUACAAAUGCUUGUUAUGUUUUUAAAGAGUAGCUAUGUAUUGGAUAUUGGUAAAAUAUAUAUGUUGACUUAUUAACCGUGAAACAUUGGGUGUAGUAAUAUCUGUUAACCACGUGUGUACAAAACUGAUAUGUUUACAGCAAAAUGCGUCAGUCAUGGGCGCUAGAAUCAAUGGCUAAUGCACCAUCUGUAGAACCCAUUGAAAUCUUGAAUUGAAAAUUCAAUCCCAACUAUAGAUAAAUUAGUCUUUCAUGCACCUGAGGUCAAAAUGACUAAAUGAGUACUAUUUCAUUGGCCAGUAAUUUUUACAACACAGGACAUAAUUAAAAGUAAACACAUUUUCAAUUAGAAUGCAAGAAUAACAUUUCUGAUUCAAACCUGAUUACUGUAUGGGAGGAGGGAAAAGGGGCACACCAGUUUCAAUUCCCUUGCAGUGAUGUAGAGGGACAUUAACAAGCUUUGCUGCUCUGCUGUAUGAAUUUAAGUUCUAGCCAAAAGGGGAGCAGGAAAGUGGGUCUUUAUGGGCUUAAUAUGGCCGAAUACUAUAUAUUUUGUUAAUAUUAUUUAAUUUCACCUACAAUGUUCUAAAUGUUCUUGCUUACUUCUUUCUUAUAGGUUCUCCAUAUUAUUAUAGUGCUGCCCGUGGAGCUGCGCCCCCUGCCACUGCCACCGGAUAUGACCGCCACUGA